GUCAUCGAGUACUACACGGGCUGGAUGGACUUCUGGGGUUACGCGCACAACAGCAAAACGAAGGACGCCAUUCUCGAUCCCUUCAAGGUCAUGAUGACUCACAACGCAUCCGUGACCUUCUACAUGUUCGUAGGUGGCACCAAUUUCGGGUUCAAGUCGGCGAAAACCAAUACUUACCCCCUCACGACCAGCUACGACUACGGAGCACCCGUCGCCGAAGACGGCGACAUGAGGUCCAUCUACUACGACAUACGGAACCUGACGACCACCUACCUGGGUCACGUACCCAGCGGGGACAUGCCUCAAAACCAGACCAAGCUUAACGUGGGCACCGUUCAACUCGACGAACAUAUUUCCCUGGAAGAAGUGAUGGACCACUUUCGCAACAAGGAGUGGCUCGAACAAAAGCAGUCAGUCGACCCGUUGACGUUCGAGGCAAUGAGACACGCCUAUGGCUUCCUGAUUUAUAGGACUACAGUCAACGUGGUCACCGAGGGUACAGCGCUGCUUAAGCUGUCGACUCUACGCGACCGGGCUUACGUUCGCGCCGGAGGCAAGCAGUUUAUAUUUUACAAUCAUGCCGUCAGUUUUGCGAGCACGAAAUUAUCGGACACGAUUCCCGUGAAGAAAGGAGACAACCUCUCCAUUCUCGUGGAGAACUUGGGAAGGGAGUGCUACGGCGUCAUGAACCACGACGCGAAGGGGCUUACCGAGGCCUACCUGAGCGGACAAGAACUCAAGAACUGGACUAUUGAGGCCGUUCCCAUCAACAAGAAUCGAGACAUCAGCGAGCUCCUGCGCAUCGUUAGAAGACAGGGAGACGGAAGCGUUCCCGGUUUCUUCCACGGGACGUUCACUCUGAAAGAAGGACAGAAUUCUUCCGACACAUUCCUGAACCCGACAGGAUGGAUCAAGGGAUUUGCCUUUAUCAACGGUUUCAACCUGGGCCGCUAUUGGCCUCCUGCGGGACCGCAGGUGACGCUGUACGUGCCAGCCCCGUACAUGAGACCCUACCCAGAAGAGAACCGGCUGCUACUCUUCGAGACCGAAGGAGCGCCAGCGAACCGUACUGUCAUGUUGGUUGACAAACCAUUUCUGGACGACGACAUCGAUCACCCGAGGUCCUGA